CGGCCGCAGACGAGGGGUGCAGCACGAGCGGCGGCGGAGAGAGGCGCGCGCCGAUUGGCCGGCGGCGGCGGAGGGGCGGCGGCGCGGGCCAAUCAGCGCGCGCGACACAGGCCGCCGGCGGCGCGGAGGAAUACGGCCGAGCGGCGAGCACUCCGCCCUCCGACGCCGCGCCGACACCGCGCCCGCACGCCGCCGCCGGAGUGAGCCUGGAAUUCGCCGUAGAGUAGCACGAUGGCUUCCGGAGUACAAGUAGCAGAUGCAUGCACACAGGCCUUUCUCGAUAUAAAAAAAAACAAGAAAUAUAGGUACAUCAUAUUCCACAUUAAAGAUGAGAAAGUUAUAGAUAUUGAAAAGUAUGGUGACAGAGAUAGUUCCUAUGAUGACUACUUGAAACAUCUGGAAGAGUUGGGCCCUGACCAGUGCCGCUAUGGUCUAUAUGACUUCGAGUAUGAGCACCAGUGCCAGGGAACAUCAGAUCGCACACCAAAGCAGAAGCUGUUCCUGAUGUCCUGGUGCCCAGACACUGCCAAAAUUAAGAAGAAAAUGCUUUACUCUUCAAGCUUUGAUGCCCUCAAAAGUGCAUGUGAAGGCAUUGGCAAAUAUAUCCAGGCCACGGAUAUGGCUGAAGCAUCAUACGAGUGUGUGUUGGAGAAACUGCGUUCUACUGACCGUGCCUAAACCUACUAUGGGAGGCCCCUCACGAAAAGCAGCCCUUACCCUGUGUUUGUUACUUUCCACCCUGGUGUAACACUGGUCUCGGCUCUUGCCGACCCAACUGCACUGUGAGGGGUCUUUCAGUACCACCCGCACUGCGGUCACUGCUGCCCUAGUCAUGCCCGGGCAGCAACUGUUUAUCAUGCUACCCACGCAGCAUCAGGGGACUCAUUGUUUUAUACUUCUGAUUAUAUUAUUUUGAUUAUAAUUCAAAUUGGUUGGCAUGUAGGUGGGUGGCAGCAGUGUAGCACUGGUUCAAGCUCUGGCUGUUAUCCCAUGAUGAGUAGCAUUGGCAAGUCGAGACCCCAUCUUGUGAAGAAUAUGGACACAAGUGCCAUCCAGUGUGUUCUUCCAGGGAGACUUGUCUCUCUGAAUUCUUGGCAAAGAAUGUGGUUCAGUGGGUCUGCAUUGAUGAUUGACUUGAAGUUGGUGGAUUGUGCCUGGAACGCUAUACCAGUGUCGCCCGCUGCCACGUGUUGGCUGAGGCAAGUUUAGUAUUACCUGAAGCUCUUCCAUUUGUAUCUUUGUCAUCACAUCAGUGUGAAAUAUCAGUCUGCGUUCAUUAAGUAUAAUAUAAGCUUUAUAUAACGGAAUCAUGUUCAUAGGCAUUGGCCAAGUAUUGGCUCAAAGUACAUUUUGUAAUUGACACUGCUCAAAAUCUUUUGUUUGCAUUGGCUGUUGCCUUUGUCUGGAAAAAGGAAUUACCAUUACUUAAAGGGUUUUGUAUGAUUUUAUUGUAGGAUCAUUGUCAACUUGUCUAAAAUAAAUUUCUUUUUAAUGGUUGGCCAAUUGAUUGCUAUCCUAAAUUUCAGGCACAUGAAACUUUGAACUAUGAUUAAUACCUGCUCUUAAUCCACUGAUUCCAUCAGCUUUGGUUAUGAGUAAUUAUUUAGGCAGAAAUGUUGAAAGUAACUGCCAAAGAUAAUUUUAAAAUUGGAACUUCUUUAUUGGUAUCAAUAUUCAGUCGCUGGCAGUCACUUAAUUGGUGGUGUAAGCAAUUGUAAUACAAAUGUUGGUAGAACAUGAAAUGUGCAAACCUUCAUUGUGCCUUCUGCCACUCACAACUAUUCAUGGAUUUUUUUUUUUUUUUUCCCUUCCUGAACUUCCAUUAGGCUUGCAAACACUGAGCACUAAAUCUUUUCAGUGUUUUAUUAUCAAGGAGCACAAAUAAAAUGAAACACAAUGGAA